CUUCACUCCUAGCUGUGUGCUGAGCAUCCCUGCACCGGCAUGCACAGUCUCCCAAAGCUGCUGAAGAUUACGCCCAUCUCUUCCCUCUCUCUCCCUCACGCAAACACACCCAGGCGCUCCCACCCAGCCUCUCCCUCACACACUCGCAUACACACACACACGUGCUCGCAAUCACACACGCGCAGUGCUGUCAGGAGCCGCUGCUGGACCAAAGCCAUCUCGCCAAGGAGGUUCCAGUGGAGGGAAGAGAAAGCCAGAGUGAGACAAAGGGAAGGAGGACGGUAGAAGGCGAGGAGCGAAUAGGAGCGCGGGGACCGGCACAAGGAAGGAGAGACCCAGCGAUUUGUGAAGAACAGAAAGCAAAGAACAGGAGGAGGGGAGGAGGAGAGAGGAAAAAAGAGGAGGGGGAACAGGAAACGCGAUCACUUUCAGCUGCAGCGGUCCGUGUCGCAGCAUGGGCAAUGCACCAUCCCAAGCCAACGCUGGGGCCUGUUUUCCUAAGCAAGAUCCCGAGCGUGUUGGCGGUCACAUGAUCUCAAGAGAUGACCUGGAAUAUCCACGGGAAUACCGGACGCUGGGGAACAAUGCUCGGCGCUUCUCCAAUGUUGGUCUGGUGCAUACGUCUGAGCACCGGCACACAGUCAGUGCGGCGCAGAGCCUGGAGGCCCUGACCAACCUGCACAAAGCUGACAUGGAACGCAAGAGGGACGCCUUCAUGGAUCACCUGAAGAGCAAGUACCAACAGCAGCAGCAGCAGCAGCAGCAGCUUCAGCAUCCACACCACAGCCCUCACCACAACCCACCGUCGCCCUCACCCUCCCAUGCCAGCAUGAGGGGUACAUCAGAGCGAUCUGCAAGAGAACAACAACAGCCCAACUACUGGAGCUUUAAGAGCCGCAGUCCACGCCACUCCCAGUCUACCCAGUCUGGUCUUGCCGACCAGGCUGCCAAGCUCUCUUUUGCCUCCGCUGAAUCCUUGGAGACUAUGUCAGAAGCCGACAUCCCCAUUGGGUUUAACCGGAUGAACCGAUUUCGCCAGAGUCUGCCGCUGUCCCGCUCAGCCAGCCAGAAUAAGCUACGAUCUCCAGAUGAAUUUUCAGGCGUGCUGUUUCUGCAAUAUGGAGAUGAGACGCGUCGGGUGCACAUCACCCAUGAGCUCACCAGCCUGGAUACGCUGCAUGCUCUCAUCGUGCACAUGUUCCCUCAGAAGUUGACAGCAGGUAUGCUGAAGUCACCCAACACAGCCAUCCUGAUCAAGGACGAGGCCCGUAAUGUCUUCUACGAGCUGGAGGAUGUCAGAGACAUUCAGGAUCGCAGCAUCAUCAAGAUUUACCGCAAAGAACCCAUCUAUGCUUCUUAUCCCGCUGCCGCACACCUGGCCAACGGGGACUUGAGGAGGGAAAUGGUCUACUCUUCCCGCGACUCCUCCCCAACUCGCCGCCUAAAUACCCUUCCUUCCUCCACCGCCUCAGCAUCCUCUGGGUCUCCUUCUCGCUCACGCCUCUCCUACAGCGGGGGCCGUGCUCCAUCCUUCGGUGGAUCCCAUCCCCAACAUGAUCAGCCCCGACACCCACACCAUCCCUCAGCCGGCCAUGGUGCCAACGCAGGUCUUUCCCCUUCACCUAGUGCCAUCCUGGAGCGCCGCGAUGUCAAGCCUGAUGAAGAGGUUUCUGCUAAAAACAUGGCACUGAUGAAAAAUGAGGGGCUAUAUGCCGAUCCCUACAGCUUGAUGCACGAAGGCCGCCUCAGCAUCGCUUCCACCCAGUCAUUAGCUGCGAUCGGAGACCCCUUUAGCUUCCCUGUUUCCGCUGGCCUGUACCGACGUGGCUCUGUGCGCUCCCUCAGCACCUACUCAGCUGCUGCUCUCCAGGGAGACCUGGAAGACUCGCUCUACAAGCCUGGAGGAUCACUAUACUCAGACACAUACUCUUCUGCCACUCUGGGCAUGGGAUUUCGCAUGCCACCGUCAUCCCCACAGAAAAUCCCUGACAUGCAGCUGAGGGACAGGGACUCUUAUUCCAGCACACCCAGAGCCUCACCUGUCAGACAGAGUUUCCGCAAGGACUCUGCCUCUUCUUCUGUGUUUGUGGAGAGCCCGAAAUCCAGGCCCAGCUCCAGUUCUGAUCCUCUGUGUAUAACAGCUGGACCUGGAGAGGGCAGCCGCACCACAUCUGGUUUUGGGUCUUCGUUAUCUGGGCAAGAUUCUGACAGUAGCAGGGAUCAUCGCCUGGAGCGUAUGGAGGCCAUGGAGAAGCAGAUAGCCAGUCUGACUGGCCUCGUCCAGAGUGUGCUGACCAGAGCACCAGACAGUGACAGCACAUGUGGCCUGCUGCGUCUCUGCAUGAUGGCGGGCUGCCCUCCAGACCAAGGGACGGAGUUUUCACGGCCAUUACCUUUCUCUUCCAGCGAGAAGACCGAAACCAACAGUGAUGGCUCCGCCACUGGAACCGGACGACAGAAGAAGAAAGCAAAUACACCGUCGGCACCUCUAGCUCUGAUGCCGCCGCCACCUUCUAACUCAAUCCAGGUGAACAGCGUUGGUCGCUUGCAGAUGCAGCUCCAUCUUCACGGUCUGCAGCAAAACGCCAGCGACCUGCGCAAACAGCUCAACCAGCUACGCAAGAUCCAGCUAGAGAACCAGGAUUCAGUGCGAACGCUGCUGAAGCGGACAGAGGCGGAGCUGAACGUGCGUGUGACUGAUGCCCUGAGGAAACAGGAGGAUCCUCUCCAGAGGCAGCGCCUCCUGGUGGAGGAAGAAAGACUCAAAUAUCUCAACGAGGAGGAGCUCAUCAUUCAGCAACUCCACGACCUGGAGAAGUCGGUGGAGGAGAUCCAGAAGGAGUCGUCUGUCAACCACAAGCUGGUGACAGUGCAGGAGCUGGAGGAGAAGGCCACUCUUCUGAGAAAGCUGGGAGAAACACUCACGGAGCUGAAAAAUCAAUUUCCAGGUCUGCAGAGCAAGAUGCGGGUGGUGCUCCGGGUGGAGGUGGAAGCUGUCAAGUUCCUGAAGGAAGAGCCACACAGACUUGAUGCCCUGUUAAAACGAUGCAAGACUAUAACUGAUACCCUUGCUACCAUGCGCAAACAAGCAAAUGAGGGAGUAUGGAAGAAGCAAGAAGACUUCACUAGUUCAUCAUCCAAGCACAACGAGGACUUGCGAAAGUUUGCAGACUUUGAAAUCCCCACCAGCCCACCGCUCACCAUCAAUGAUCUCGGGGGAGGCAACAGCUUGUCCAAUUGGAGCCCUCACACCAGCCUCAGCCGUGGACAUGGCAACCCAUCCGGCCUUCACAAGGAUAAUCAUCCUCCUGUUCCCCACAAGGGCAAAGCUCUGGAAGAGCUUGAGCGUCGUGCUGCUGCUGACAAAGCUUUGUCCAUGGAGGUCCGACUGGCAGCAGAGCGGGACUGGGAGGAGAAGCGGGCCAGUCUAACCCAGUACAGUGCUCAGGACAUCAACCGUUUGUUGGAAGAGACCCAGGCUGAACUAAUGAAGGCUAUUCCAGAUUUGGAUUUUGCUGCCAAGCAGAUUAAGCCCUCCUCCAACACACCAUCAACACAGACCCCCCAGAGUGGGGCAGCGACCCCAGACCACCGUGCCAACAAGCCCCAGCACAAGCUUUCUGGGAAAGAGGGAGGGUCCAGGCGUGGCUCUGAUGAGCUGACAGUACCUCGGUAUCGCACAGAGAAACCCUCCAAGUCCCCUCCACCUCCACCGCCUAGACGCAGUUUCCCCUCAUCUCCCGGUGUGACCACUCGCAGUGGGGAGCCACUAAUUCCUGGAAAAAGCAUAAAGAAGGCUGAAUCUGAAGAGACAGAGGGACAGAAGCCUCACAUAAAACUGAGGAGGACCGUGUCCGAAAACCCUCGUCCGUCAUCAACACCUCCCACACUGGCUUCUGAAGACAAAGAGGAGGGAGAGGGGGAGAAAAUUGCUGCCGAAUUGGAGGGAGGAACUAUUUCAGGUAGCGGGAAGUUUCUCCACUCCUCGGCUGCCUCCAAACUGAAGCACCUGCAACAAAACAGCACAGAAAAGACUAAAAGUGGCAAAAGAGAGGACUUCAUGAAGGUCCAGGGCCAGCAACAGGCGAAAGGGACCUACAGCACCAGUGGCAGCAUUGAGCCAUACCUCUCUGGUAUCAAAACGGGCAUUUUUUCAGGCCGAGUGGCCUCUCCUGCGGCAGCAUUUGUUCCUGGUCUGAGGAAGUACCCCCAGGAGGGGGCGAUACCUGCACUUACAGCCUCCUCAAGCCAAGCAAAGGCCCUCUUGGCAAGCCUAUCUGCUUCCGGCCUGAGCGCUGAGGCCUUGCUGCUUUCCUCCGCCCUUCGUCAUCACCGCCUCCUACGUGAGCAGCGAGCCUCCUCCCUGCCCCUGCCCAGCAGCCAAUCCUCCUCCCCUACUCCAACUGCUACCUCCUCCUCUUCAUCCUCGCCAAGCACCCCAACUCCAUCCCUAUCUCCCUCCUCUCCCACCUUUGGUUCCUUUGCCUUCUCCUCUGGAGUUCUCAAGCCCAGCAGGCGUAGCCUCGACAGCUCCAGCCUCAACAGGUCCAAGGAUGGUGGCAACAAGCCUGUGAAAAAGGACCUUUACCCUGGCAACAAGUGAUGAAUAGGAGGAGGAUAAGGACUUUGGAUACAGUUCUCAACCACAACCAUCACAUCAUGAACCAUAAAGAUGAACUAGCUGCAUUAUGGAACAAUAUUCUUUAUAUUCCAGUUCUUAUAAGAUUUUUUAAUUUUUCUUUUCUUGUUUUUUCUGCUUCCUUUUAUUGCACAGUCUACCACAGUGUAAAUGGAGUCACAGUUUUCUUCACGGACAAGUGUCCUACUCUGAUCCAGUACCUUAGAUCUACUGCAGUUCUCCCACAAAGUCAUUCUGUCACCUUCCCAGAUAGAGAGUGCACAAACAGGCCUCCCCUCCUACCAGCUGCCUGCUACAAGCUGAUGUGGUCUGGCUGUAUUUGCUGACAGCACCAUUCUCACAUACAUACUCUCAGUGGGUUGUUAGUGGCAUAGUUGAAAUAUCUAGACGGUGACUUUGAUCAUAUAGAAAAAAGAGCUGCAAUAAUCACCAAGUGAGUUCAGUAGUUGUGUGUGUUCAGGAUAGUAAUGUUUUGACUUACCUGCAUCACCUGACAGAAUGUGAUUCCACUCGGAAAACAAAAAAAAAUUAAAAAAAUCAGAAGGUGGCCAUGGUGAUGAACGAGGUUUCAAGCUGUUUAGUGUUAAAAGGGCAUUUGUGGCUUUUUUUAAAUCGCCUGUUUUAAACUCUAAACUGGUGCUAUGUUUUCCCCUCUGUUUGUACAAACUGAGCUUACACAAUUGUUCUCCCCCUCCUGUCUCGGAGUCGGCUUUAAUUUAAUUUUGCAUUUUAAUCUAUAUUUACAACCCUACAAACGAAAUACUUGCAUCAGCAAUUAGGGACAUUUAAAGUAGAUGUCUAAUUGGAAAACUGGAAACUGCAGCGCAUUCACAAGAAUGCAAAGAAGGCAGCAGUCCUGAAAUAGCACAAGUCUUUUUAAAGAAACGACAAAGAGGCACGGUUACGCAAACAGAAGGGAAAAGUGCAAACGAUGAAUUGUAUUCAAAUGUUGGUUUUCAUAUGUGUGUAUUAACUAGUUAAUUAUGACAAUCAGGAUGUUUCCACAGUAGCAUCUUCUAGGUUGCUCUGGCAUUACAGAGCCUGACAUCACAACCCAUCCCAAAGACUUAAGCACACACACUGAUGAACAACACACAAACACACAGUCUCUCUCUCACACACACACUUGAAAAAGCAACCUGUACAGCACAGACUCACUUAUUUUUUUCUUUCAGCCAACCUCAUGUGAAUAAUCAUCGUAGGUCACAUCUGUUUCACCACUUAUAAAGAGCACUCUGGUAAAUUAUGCUAUAUUAAUCUGAUCUCACCAGAUCUACACUGAUAGAUUCUUUCUUUUGGGAUACUUGAGUUCAAAAUUAAUCACAUCAAACUUUAGGCCUUAUUGUAAAAUAUAACACAUUCUGUAAACGAGCAGAUGACACAAAAAGCCUAAAAGUGAGUCUUACAAACCAAGAGCGACACGAGAGGAAAGUAUUGAAAUCUAAAGCAAGCACAGUUGACUCUCAAACACAAAAUCCCCAAUUAACGAGAAUUAACUUUGUAAUUCUUUUUAAUUAUGACAAGCACAAAGGAUGAAGCAUUCGCAUAUACAUUUGAUAUGCUACACAUUCGAUUCCAAGUAUCGCUUUGGUUAUAUUACCUGCAUUUUGAGUCAUGAAACUUUUAUGAAUGAAGGCCUUCAGUGUUUCUCAAUGAUAGAAACUCAAGUUGGGAUUAUUUUCAAGCACAUCAAAGGUGUGUCAGUGUGAACCCUGCACGAGGAACCUCUUUGGAAGCUGCCUGUCCUGCGUGUUUGCCUCGAGGCAGCCUGCUGGGGAGGUGAAGUAGCUGAAUGGACCGUAACCGACAAAGUGAUUCUUCUCAGUGGUUCUCCAGCAUGACUGUGUGAAAUCGAUGCUUUGUGGCAUUGAGGUUUAAAACAUGUGAAAAGGGGCUCAUGUCAAAGAGUAGGCAGCUUUAGGAGAGGGGAUUAGUUUGGGGACAUGUGUUUGAAGGAUACUUUAAUAAGGCCGGCUUUAACUCGUCCUGUAUCCAUUGAGAGCGCUUGUGAAAUAAAAGACCCAAAGACAUGAGAGGAAGGGUCUGACAGCCAGAGGGCACUUCUUUCCCUGCCCUCUUCACUUUGCAUUCUUUGGUGUGAAGGAUCUCUGAAAGUCAAAAGUGCUCAGCUGAUGUUAUCCAAGAACAAAGUUUGACAAGCUUCAAUUAUGAACAAUGUGUGCAAUAUAUAAUUAGCGCUCUUGCAAUUUUACCAAGGCAGUGCUCUUUGCCUUUGACAUACUCCUGCCUGCUUAUCUACAAGGACCUGUACCAUGUUUUUCCCAGUGCCUCUAAGACGUUGCUCCUGCCAGAACCCCCCAAAUGAUCUUGUAUUACAGUAGUAGAUCAGCAGCAAUGACAGAAUAACCCUUUUACCCAAAGAAGAAGCUGCGAGAACUGGUUUGUUCCCAUUUUUCGCAGAUAAAAGAAAACGGCACUUGAAAUGCAGUGUGUCAGGUUGCAGCAGUGGCAUUUGACUAAACAAUCCCCAGCUCUAACAGUGUGCAAGCUCGCAGCACAGCGAAUUAAGUCUCACCCCUGGGUGCUCUGUAGCUCUGCCAGGCAGGUUCAAGCCCCGGGUUUCAUAUUGAGUGAAGUCAAAUGAAAGAAAUUCACUUACUCAUGGUGUUCCACACUCAAAUCCAUAACUCUCCAAGUUAAAUUUGCUGCAUUUGCGUCUGGUGAGCAAUGGGGAGGAAGCAUGCACGCUUGGCUGCUUUCCCCUAAGUAAAGUCUGAAAUGAAACCCUCCCAGAAUUGCGUGACAGUGCUCUCUGGACUUUUUUUUUUUUUUUUCAAGACAAGUGUUAGCGGGCUGUGAUUUCAACAUGGCUGGAGGUUUAGAGGGCAUGUCGAAAAAAAAACUCACAGUGGAUGCCUCUGGCAAUCAGAAAAACUCAAACUUGAAAUGAAACAUACAAGAAAUAUACAUAUAUAAAUAUAUCUAAGUGAGAUGUUUGUGUAUGAUAAUAUAAUUGUGAAGAAAAUGUGAUAUAUAUAUAUAUAUAAAUAUAUAUAUAUAGGCCUAGAUUAAAUUAUAUACUGUAAAAUGUCAUCAUAUCUUCUGUUUUAUAUAUUAGUGAUCAUUUUGUACAGAUUUUUCUUUUUUUAAUUCAUUGAGAGAUAUUGCAUUUCACACUGAGAUUAUUUAUUCAUAUGCAGAACAUUUUUAUAUUUGUUUAAAAUCUCUGUAUAGAUAAGAGUUAGCCUCUGUAAUAUACUCUGAAGUUAGUUCAUUUUUAAAUUCUAAAUUUUUCUUUACGAACACCAAGUUAGAUUUUAUGUAAUUUUAAUUUGUAAAGAAAACACACACAUACACACACAAAAAAAAGCUUUUCCCUGAAAAUACUCGUCCAGCUCGUGUACACCUUUGCCUCUUUAUGUGAAAGGUCACUUUAAGAUAUAAGAGGCUGGACCGGUGCCUGUGUGUUGGGCUUAUUUUGCUACUGUUGUUUUAUUUUGGGAAGGGUACUUUUUUCUGUAACUGCGAUCAGUUUCUGUUUUAUUUUUAAUUUUGUUUUUUCGUUUCUCCCCAUUCUGUGUCGUGAUGAUUGACCUGGUAUUAAUGAUACUGGAGAUGGUCGGAAACAGAUGUAGUAACUGUGAGUUUGUGGGCCUGAAAGCGUCAUACAAGGCCUUGCUGCUUUGGAAAAAAAAGGAAUAUUACUUGGCUUUAAUUUAUCUCUGUGUCAUGCUUGGCUGUGAACAGGGAUGGCAGGAAUGUGGAUCCUCAGCGCAGACAGAUUCAGGCAGGUGGAAGCUCAUUUUUGUUGCUUAUAUUGCUCCACCUGUUCCUCUGAGUGGCUUUACAUAGCAGUUAUGCUAAACCAUAAAUGUAAAAAAACCAGAAAGUUGGAUUAAUAAGGAAAUUAUG